AUGAAAGGCGAAGUUUACAUAAGUCUGAUAGUCGAGAUGCUUUCCCAGGUUCAUCCUGUUCUCAACCUCUGCAAAAAUUCUCCAAGUGAUUGCCUCCACAUAUCUCCUGCUGCUAGUCUGGAGAGGAAAAGAACACUUCUUUCUUCAAUCGCCUCAGAAGUCUCCAUUGAAGACCAAUUAGCCGAAAUUUUAAUCCCACCGACGUGCUUGGAUUUACAGAGCACAGAUCCUGAUCCUAUCGACCUACAUCUGCCCGGCUAUUUUGUUAAAGCUGUCUCCAGUAGCUACAAUUCGCUACCAGUUCAUCCUUCACUACUCCAGAACGCUCGGCCAACGAAAGCAAACUACUCAUCAGCGGCCACCUCAAUUCCUCAGAAUCUCUCAGUAGCAAGUUGGCAUGCUGGAACUAAAGUUAGUUCAUUUUGUAGACAAAACUCGGGUAAAGCUCGUUUUUAUACUUUCUUAAUGAUGGCUUCAUUCUCCUCCUCCUCUUGUAAAUUAAUGAAAGAUGGCGUCAUUAAUGCGAAGUACCAGUAA